AUGCGAACCGACUUCACGACCUUGGCGAAGACGUACCAAAAGUCCAGCUCAUCGAAGGAAGAGGCCGAGUUGGAGGCCGAGUCGGAAAUGGGUGGAAUGAUCAUCACCGGGUUCGACCGCGGCAACCCCAUCAAUGUCCUGGUCCGUGGCCAGCUAUGCCUGCCCUAUCAUGCUCUCAAAGCGGAGACCACAAUCUAUGACAGCGAGGGAAAACCGGUCGACGCUGAGCGUGAUCAGCUGAUCGAAAAAUUAUACAAUGAUUGCCUCGAUCGUGUCAGCGAACACAAGUACAAAACGGUGCCGGUAAAGCUGAUACAAGGCAACCGUGAUUUACUGGACCAGGGCAAAGACAAUCCGCAGAGCACAUCACAACAUGAGUACCGUGGCUGCCGCGGUCGCUUCUUUCAGUGGUUCAACGUCACAAAUACCACGGGUAUGCCCUGUUUGAUUGCCCUGAUGGCUGGAGAUGCAGGCUUCGACACAGAGACUUCAAGUAAUGAAGACUUGAUCCGUGAAGCUACAGAGACUCUACGUAGCGUUUUCGGUCCAGACGUACCGCAUCCGCUAGAGGCAGUGGUGACGCGCUGGGGCUCCGACCCUUUUGCGAGAGGCAGCUAUUCCUCGGCGGCACCGGAUAUGCAGCCUAAAGAUUAUGAUAACAUGGCCAAACCUUUGGGCAAUCUUUUCUUUGCCGGUGAGCAUACAAUCGGCACUCACCCAGCGACUGUUCAUGGCGCCUAUUUGUCAGGCUUGCGAGCCGCCUCGGAAGUCGCAGAGGCAAUUUUCGGCCCGAUCGAAGUUCCCACGCCGCUCAUUCUGCCACGCGACUCAUUACUCCUGCAAAAAAGGAAGGAGGCCGCAAAAGAUCCCCGCCAAGCACGCAAAGAUGCCUACGAAACCGAGGCGUGGGAUCAUGUCCAAUCUAUGCUGGGAGAGCGGCCCGUUCCGCCAGCCAAAGUGGCUGGCAAUGCCUACAUGCUCUUCAGCAAGAUGUAUUUUGACGAGGCUCGUCGGCGGUGCGAAGAGAAACUCAAGGCUGGUCGGACCAAGGCGAUGCCCAACGACGUGCGCGUCAUGACGUCGCGCAUGUGGAAGGAGGCUUCCGAGGAGACUCGCCGGCCCUUUGAGGCGCAGGCCGCGGAGCAGAAGCAAGCAUAUGCCGAGGCCAUGGCCCAAUACACCCAGUCAGCUGAGAAAUGGGACCUCACGGCUAUUGACAUUCGGGCGGAUUACGAAAGAACCCAUCCUUUUACGCCGGAGCCCGGCGAUCCGGCGACCGGUUUCGAAGGCGGCCGCGUGCUCACGCCCAAGAGCCGGCGCAGGCUGAAUGUGAGCUACGCGGAAGAUGCUGACAGUAAGAUGGAGUUUUAA